AUGGCUAUUGAAGAAACUGAAACUCAAGUUAUUCUCUCUCACCCAUCCGACAGCUCCACCAAUGUCACCAUUCUUAAAUAUGGUGCAACCGUUUUCUCGUGGAAAUUGUACGGUCAAGAACAAUUGUGGUUGUCUACUGCCGCUAAAUUGGACGGCAGCAAACCAGUUAGAGGUGGUAUCCCACUAGUCUUUCCAGUCUUUGGUAAAAAUGAAUCUGAUCCUCUAUUAAGUAAACUACCUCAGCAUGGAUUAGCAAGAAAUUCUACUUGGGAAUUCCUUGGUCAAGUCAAAAGCAACCCACCAACGGUUCAAUUCGGAUUGAACCCUAAACUUUCUAACCCAGAAAUGACCAAAUUAUGGAGUGAAGAUUUUAAUUUAAUCUUAACAGUCGAAUUAGGUUCCGACUAUUUAAAGACUGAAAUUGAGGUUGAAAACCUAUCUUCCUCUAAAGAAUUGAAAUUCAACUGGUUGUUCCACACUUAUUUGAAGAUUCCAGAUAUUGAAGAUACUAUGAUCUCCAAUUUAGUUGGUAUGAAACUUUACGAUCAAUUAUUGAAGGAAUCCUUCGUUGACAAGCAUCCAUGCGUCACAUUCCAUGGCGAAAAAGAUGUCAUCUACCAAAACGUCGAAGCAGACCGUGUUAUUCAAGUGGUUAAUCAAGGAAAGCCAGUUCAUACCGUGAAAAGAGUGAAUUUACCUGAUUCGGUUGUUUGGAAUCCAUGGAUUGAAAAAUCUGGUGGAAUGGGCGAUUUCGAACCAAAAACUGGUUACAAGGAAAUGGUUUGUGUUGAACCGGGUCAUGUACACGAUUUUGUCGUCUUAUCUCCAGGUGAAAAAUGGACUGCUGCCCAAAUUUUAUCCAAGGAUGAAUUGAAAUAUCAAGCCAUUCAGUGA